UGUCAGCUGGCUGAGCAGAGCAUGGUGGCAAAGCAGAGCAGCAGGACAGGGUGUUGCUGCUGGGCUUUGGCCAGGACAGACAGGGGAGCCGAACAGUUCGGAUCAUACAUCUGACUCCUCAAAGUGUAGUUAUGUUUGAUAACUCUCACUACCCCUUCAACUGUUUCAACUACGAUGGAGAUGGAUACCCUUCCUCUAGCACUGACGAAGAGAAGAAAAUGUGUCGACCUGCGUACAGCUACAUCGCUCUGAUAGCCAUGGCUAUCCAGCAGAGCCCCGAGCAGCGGGUCACCCUGUCGGGCAUCUACGAGUUCAUCAUGAAGCGAUUUCCGUACUACCGGUCAAACCAGAGAGCCUGGCAGAACUCCAUCAGACACAACCUGUCUCUCAACAGCUGCUUCAUCAAGGUUCCUCGGACAGAGGGAAAUGAGAAGGGAAAGGGAAACUACUGGUCUUUUGCCACCGGCUGUGAAUCCAUGCUCGACCUGUUUGAAAAUGGCAACUUUCGGCGUCGCCGGCGCAGGAGGAACAUGAAAAUCGGCCUCCGUGAUUCAGGAGAAACCCCUUUCCACCCUUUGGAGAGCCACAGCAAUCAGCACGUACCUGCAGCUCAGCACCCUGAGUCCGAGUCCACCCUCUGCCCUUUGAACCCUGAAAGGCCAAGGCCGAGUCCACAGCAAAACCACCUCAUCCCAAACCCGAACCAGCAGGGGAAACCAGAGCCAGAAAUCAAGUUCAGCAUUGACUACAUCCUUUCCACUCCGGAUCCACCCCUGCCUGGGUUCAGAUCCUCCCACGGCCCUGUGCACAUAGGGCCUACAGGGCCACCUAUACAUGUUCUGGAGCCCCAACACCUGAACCUGCACUUCUGGACUCUGUGAACAAAUGAGAGGAAAGGAAAGAAGACACUGAAUUAAUUCCUUCAAGAGCAUUUGUGUCCAGGACGGGGAAGUAUCAGGACAUCCAAAGACGAGAGAAACUCCACGAGAGGAAUUUUACUGACUUGAAAAUGUAAAUGAGGAACAAAAUAAAGAGGUACAGUAUUGUGUGAUGGAUUCUAGAUGGAAACGAGUCUCUAAAAGAAAACAUCAUGCUGUCGAAGACAAAAUGUGAACAACACAGUACAGUGUUCAUGUUAUCAUUUUACUGUUUGUGCAGUGUCUAGUGCUGACAUAGACUAGGUUUACAGUGUCCUAUGUGUGUAUUUACACAGGAGCUGUGAGCACAAGUAUGACGUGUUUAAAAAUGUCUUAAAGAUCAGAUGAACUAAAACAAGCUCCAUUUGUUGUAUUUAUUGAAUCUUCUUCAGAUCAGAAGUUCACAUUCUUUCCUCCAUAAAAGAAGAAUUUAUUCAGUA